AGGAGGAAGGAGGAAGGAGGAAGGAGGAGGAGGAGAAGGAAGGAGAAGGAAGGAGGAAGGAGGAAGGAGGAGGAGGACGGAGGGAGGAGGGCCAGGGGGAGGAUGAAGAGAACCCCGCUCUUUGCACAGCGGCUGCCGCCCGAGGAGCACGGGUGGCGGGAGACGGUCCGCCGCUGCGCGGAGGCCCGGGCCCGGCUGGAGGCGGCCAUGCCCCCGGGGGAGGCGGCGCUCGGCGAGGCGGAGGAGGCGGAGGCGCAGGAGCGCCUCCUCGCCUGGCUGUUCGGCGAGCCCGGGGGCGGAGACCUGCCGGCGGAGGAGCCCCCGGCGGCGAAGAGGCAGCGCACGUGCUGAGCGGGGGCGCGCGCGGCCCUCCUCAUCGCCUACUCCCUCCCUCCCUCCUUUUCCCUCCCUCCUCCUCCUCGCCCUCAUCAGGGCAUGCGUGGCGACACGAAUCGCUGCGCUCCGGCCCAGGGUUAGGUGCCGUGCCGACGGCCGAGAGAUCGCCCCAUGGCCUGGCGAAAAGCAGAAGCCCG